CAUAGUACAAGAGAUGACCAGAGACUGCAGACAUAGUACAGGAGAUGACCAGAGACUGCAGACAUACUACAGGAGAUGACCAGAGACUGCAUACAUAGUACAAGAGAUGACCAGAGACUGCAGACAUAGUACAGGAGAUGACCAGAGACUGCAGACCUUUGGGGAGUGGGGGGGGCUGGUACCCCAAUUUCACAGGUACCCGCUCCCACUUCCACGGAGUUGUCCACCCCGUAGUCUUGUGGGACACAUGACAGGUCCCAGAAGACUACAGGUGGCCACAAAGCGCAGCGCAGUGGGGACCAGGUUCCAGGUGCCCACACUGAAGAUGCUGGCGCCAGGGAGAGAAGAUGGCUGGUGAAAGCAGGACACCGCUGGACCGAUGAACAGGUA